CGAAACCUAGAACUCCCAUACGAAGGCUAUACGACACCAACCACUGUCCGACGAACUACGCCCGACAUUCUACUACUGUCCUGCCAUCGCAGCAGAAUCAUGAACAAUGUUCAACCUGUCCAGCCUUGUGCAAAAGGCUCAAUCGUUCAUUGAUCCAACCCAAGCUCUGAAUAUCUCAGCAUCCGAUCGCAAUCCCGCCAAAUCCACCCUCUUCCGGCACCAGUUCCGACUGCCAGACUCCCAGACUCCUCUGCAAGAAAUCACCGCCGAGCUGACGAUAUCACCGCCAGUAGCAUACUCACCAAACGCCACACAGGGAGAGAAGGAUAAGGAUAGGGACCGGGGGUAUCAUUAUGCGGGAAAGCUGCACUUGAGCGAGUCUUACCUGUGCUUCUCAACCCAACCGACCAGCUUCCUACAGACGGCGAGCACCAGCACCUCUUCUGGAUUCACAGGACAAACACACGGAGCAGGGCCCGGUGGAAAUGGCUUCACCCUGCCACUAUGUGCUAUCCGGCGUGUUGAGCGGCUACAUAGCCAGAGCUAUCAGGUAUGCUGCUCGUUCGGCCCCUGUAGCUUUACCUGAUGCUAACCAAAGUGUUGUAGUUUGCUCUAGCAAUCACCACAUGGAACGGGCUGAAUGGAAAUGGCUCGAACGAAGCUUCGAAAACACCAGUGUUAGUACAAAAGAUCACAAUACAGCUUGCGGGCACGCGGCCGGCUUGCGAACGGUUCUGUGAUGGGCUAAAGAGGGGUCUGAAAUCGGGGGUAGGGGAGGUCGCCAAGCUGAAAAGAGUGGUCUCCGAAUGCUACUCGGAAUACCUGCUUCAGGGCGAUAGAAAGGAAGCCACUCCCCCAGACGCAGGACUCGGUAUGCUUUUUCGCUAUCCGGGUGACGCAAAGAAGUUACGGGAUAGAAGUAAGAUGAGGCUUUGGGGAGAAUACCUGCGAGAUUAUGGGCGCAAUGUAACUUUGAUCCGACAGCCUACUUUCCACAAGCUCAUUCGAGUUGGUCUGCCAAAUCGGCUGCGAGGAGAAAUAUGGGAACAAACCUCCGGAUCAUUAUUCCUACGCUUGGAGAACCCUCUCCUUUACCCAGACACUUUGAAGAAGUUUGAGGGCCGUGAUUCUCUUGCAAUUGAUGAAAUUGAGAAGGAUCUCAACCGAAGUCUUCCUGAAUAUCCCGGCUUCCAAAGCGAGGAAGGUAUUGGCCGAUUACGAAGAGUCCUCACAGCGUACAGCUGGACGAACGAGGAAGUCGGCUACUGCCAAGCUAUGAACAUUGUGGUUGCUGCGUUACUCAUAUACAUGUCUGAAGCCCAGGCGUUUUUCUUACUAUCAACACUAUGCGAUAGAUUACUUCCCGGGUACUAUUCAACAACUAUGUACGGCACAUUGCUCGACCAACGCGUUUUUGAAUCCCUGGUCGAGAAGACAAUGCCAAUUCUCUGGGACCACUUAAUGAAGCAUGAUGUUCAACUUUCUGUCGUUUCUCUGCCCUGGUUCCUGUCGCUGUACAUUAACUCCAUGCCUCUUGUCUUUGCAUUUCGCGUUCUAGAUGUUUUCUUUUUAGAAGGUCCCAAGGUCUUGUUCCAGGUUGGUUUGGCUAUUCUACGCAUCAACGGAGAGGAACUGUUAGAUGCUUCUGACGAUGGGGCGUUCAUCUCGGUCUUAAAGUCGUACUUUUCCAAACUCGACGAAUCAGCACACCCUAAAUCAGAAAAUGCCAAAUUGCGAGCAGUGACUCGCUUUCAAGAAUUGAUGGUAGUCGCAUUCAAGGAGUUUUCGGGCAUCACACAGAGCAGCAUUACCGAGCAACGAAAUAAGCAUAAGGACAGCGUCUUGAACAGUAUAGAAAGUUUUGCCAAGCGAACCUCGAUACGAAAUCUUGGGCCAGACAGCAAACGCUUAAGCGUUGAUGAACUUGGAGCGUUGUACGACCGUUUUUUCGGUGUUCUGUAUGAGCGUCAAAUGCGAAGCCAGAUGAUGCUUGAAGAGGCAGAACGAAAGGCGAAGGCGAGUAAGGCCAGAGCUAUGGAAAUAGUCCAAGGAUUAUCUGAGAAUCAGAUCAUCGAGAAAGGGCGAGUUGGCUUAGGGCCUAGUCCUACAUUGAUGGAUUAUGACGGAUUCAGGGAAUUUCUUUCUGGCAUGGCGAAAUGGGCAAUCACGGAUUCUCCAUCACCGUCUGAGAAGGACGGCCCAGACACCCCCAAGCACUCGUAUUUUGGUAACAGCAUAAAGCGAAGAGAUAUUUCUUUAUCUCCUUGGGGUUAUGGAAAUCCAGAACCGGCCGAUCACGAAUUCAUGCAGCGACUUUUCCGCCGCUGGGAUGUCGACUGCAAUUCGGCACUUACACUGCAGAACGUCGUUACAGGGCUCGCGCAAAUCAAAGGAAAAGGUGACAUCAUGGGUAGCAUUACAUACUUCUUUGAGCUUUAUGAUGACGACGGAGAUGGCAAGGUUGAUCGAGAAGGAAUUCUCCGGAUAUCAGAGGCACUCCUCUUUCUGUCACGUCGAGGAUUAGAAGGAUCAUUGACACCGUCAAGUUCAAUGGUAGGUAUGAGUGAAUACGAGGCCGGGAAUGGUGGUCAACCAAAUGAACUCCAAGGAAAUACCAACGAACGAUUUUUAAGCAGCGUUAGUGCUUUCAUCAGACGCUGCUUUGAGUAUGCAGACCCAGACCAUCCGCAAAAUAAAGAAGAGGAAGGAAAGUCUAGCGCCAAUGAAGAUGCUGACGAUGCCGCAUUUGGAAUUGGCGAGGAUAGUGAUGAAGAAGCAGAAGAUUUGCUUGACCUGGGUCCCACGUCGCCUAAGUCUCCUAAACGAGGAAAGAAGCCCAUUAGUCUUGGGAUUGUGUCACCCUCACCACAGAAGUCAGUGAACAGAGCAGCUGGACGAAGUGCCUCUGUAGCCCAGGCCGAGGCUGCGAAUGCAGCUCUUGAUCCAUCAAAACCACUUCACAUCACUUUGCCGACAUUCCGCAUGGUUGUAUUAGCAGACGAGAUCCUGGAACAAUUCUUCGAAUCCUCGUUCCCAGCCUCUUUCCGCCUCUCGGAUAAAAUGGCUGCUUCCGGUCCAGCCGCCCAAAACUCUUCGCUCACAACCUUCUCCAACAUGGGAUUCGGUCGUGCCGCUGCCGCCGUUGUCCCAGUCGGUGUUGGUGGAAGCACAGCAGGCGUUGUACCUCCAGGAAAAGGCCUACGUGGUGUACUCGAUAACAUCGUUACAGAUGGCAUGCGUGUCGCAGCCGAGGUCAAACGACGCAUGGACGAGGCACAAAAGGAAAUGGAGAAGAACGCAGUCCACAAACCUGCCCCUGUCGAUGAAGAAGAAGAGGAGGAAGUCGUCAUCGGACCUCGUGUGUCUGACGCUGACGCCGAGAGGAGAAGUGUAAGAUCCGAGGAUAGAGAUAUAUUGGAGGGUGCAGAUGCGGAGGUCAUAAGUAUUAGAGGCGCCGAGGGGGUGACCAAUGUCAAGGGCUCCUCACUUGCACCAGCUGAUGACGCUGGUCGUCGAGUGAGGAGUGUUAGUGGUGCAUCCACGCAGAGUAAGGUUGUGGAAUUUGAACGAUGACCUUUUGAGCGAUUGUUUUUUGCAUUGUUUUUCUCUCUGCCUAGACGAGAAUCAAAGGGGGGGUCUAUGGAAGGAACGGAUUUCCUUUUCUUUUUUUGUUGACUCACAUUGUAUUUUACGGUUGUUGAUCAUGUCGCUUUGUUUUGUUCGUUUCUUGAUUUUGAUAAGGGCGAUGGGAGAGGGAUGGUGCUUUGGGAGUUUCAGUUGAAUGGUGGGCGUCAGUUUGGGUUCUUUGGCUACCUUUUAGUGUGGUGGUUUGUGGGUUGUGUGUGGAUUUGUGGGUGUAGAAUCAUAGCAAUGGAAGAUACUAUUGCAUUGUGUCGAAGGGGAUUUUCCUGGUCUUUCUAUGAACUUCUUGUAUGUAAUUUGAAACUUGUUUGAGAUCAUCU